AUGGAUGAAUACGAUGAUCCAAUUGGAAGCACAAGAGCUCAAAUGUUACAACAGAAAUAUUACCAUGGAAAGCUUACGCGUGUUCGAGCGGAGGAACUUGUUCGAAAGAGUGGCGAAUUUUUGGUGAGAGACUCAAUCUCGGCGCCUGGCGACUACGUAUUGACAACGAAACACGGUGAUCGUGCUCUUCACUUUCAAAUCAAUUCCACGAAAUUACCCACAGGGAGAAUCGUUUACCAUUUUGAGGAAGAGCAAUUCACAUCAAUUCCCAGUCUUCUCCAAUUCUAUCAAUCUCAUCAGCGACCGAUUACGAUGACGAGUGGAGCGAUCAUUAAAACUCCCAUUGAUCCAACUGGAUGUCCAGUGGCUAAACACCCCGAAAGUCAAGAGAUUGAGGCCGCCUACGCUCGGGUACUCAAUCCAUCCGCUCAUGUCUCAGCAAAUGCUCAUCCCCGAACACUCACACAACAAGCGAUCUUGAAUCGCGUGAUGCGAAGUCGCCCUACUUCUGAGUACACAUUUUCCACCGCAAAAGAAAUCCCGACUCAUUUAAUGAAUCGACCAUUGCCUGUUCCAAUCGCUGUUCCAAGGAUUUCAAAUGAAGAUCAAGAUGAUUAUUGUGAUAUGGACUAUGAUGCGAUGGAGGAUGUACUUGAUGCUUCUGUAUCAACUCAAUUGGAAAGAAAUGGAAAAUCAUAUUCGACUUUCUCUUUACCAGGAUCGACAAUGAAUCGAGGCUUCUCAUCAUGUCAAAAUCUGACUGUAAAGUCUUUUCAAACUAAAAAUCCUCCACCACUUCCACCACGAUCGAAGUCUCCAAAUGAACGAGACUCAGCUCUUAUCUCUGAUAUUUCUGACUAUGAUGAACCAAAAGGAAAAGAAAGUUUGGAAAAGAAUAAUAAUGAGAAUGACUAUGAUCAAGUGCGAACGAAAAUGAGAAGAUCAGAGAAUUGUUCAAAGCCUGAUGACUAUGAUGAUAUCACUUCGAGAGAUUCCGGAAUUAACAUGCAAUUCGCCAAAUCUGAAUCAAUCCUUCAAAUGCUCGAUGGAUUGAAGAAAAAAUUAAAGCAAAUGAGCAUUGAUGAGGUGUGUAAAGAGAUUUGUCGACAAGAUGCUGCUCUUAUUGGAUUCAUUGACACAAAUGAAAAGAAUAAAAUGGAAAAUGGAUUGCGACAGAUUUUGUUGCCGAGUGGAUCGAAGAUGAGAAAUGAAUUGAAUGCAAGAAGUCGAUCAAUGCAACUAGUCGUCGUGCUAACGAUUCUUCAUGAAACAAAAUCCUCUUCAACUUUCCUUUCAUUUUGGUUUAAUAUAGCCAAUGAAAUCUUUUAUUCAUUCGGAAAUUUCUUUGCAUUUGUCAAUAUUAUGCAAGGAUUAAUGUCAAAAGUGCUCGUUGAACAACAAUGGUUAUGGUCAUCGAUGGAUUUACAGACAAGGACACGAUACGAGAGAUUGUUGAAGGCUUUUCGUCACCUACGUAGUUCGGGAGAACCUGGUGAAUCAGCAGCUCCGUGCAUCAUUCCUCUACUCCAUCCAGUGCUUGAACUCUUCACAGUAAACACCACUGCUUUCACGGAUGGAAGAUCGUUCUCAUCAGAAAUUGAUUCAUUGUGGAGAUGGCUUGAAAUGGCUCGUGCUUGGACAACAGUAGCUGAUGAGAUGAGAGAUCGAGCAAGGAAAAGAUUUGAAUUGUCAAAAAAGAACUUUGAUAUCACAAAAGGGCUUCUUUCUCAUUCAAUCCUCAUUCAAAUCUUCACCGAUUCAUCAAAUUGUGAUAGUGAAAAGAAAUACUAUCCAGCUUUAUCAACUAUUGAAUAUUUGUUGCAAAAUGUUAGAGUC